AGGAGGUGCUGAGAACGAGCGAGCGAGCGAGGAGAGGGAGGGAGACGGAUAAAAGGGAGAAAAGAGAGGGGGAGCAGUUCUUUUAGAAAUUAUACAGUGAAAUAAAAAAAAUAAAAACAAUGGAGUUUUAAGAGAAACACUGUCUGGAGCAAUGAAAGAUCGACCUCGGAGCGGUCACCUUCUCCUCUGGGGAGGUUUGUGGUUGUUCUGGGCUGAGAGGGUCUGUGUCUGCCGGCCCCGGUAGUGAGAUGUAUUUUUCAUAAAGCCCAGCCGCGGCCCCCUAUAGCUGUGAAUCCAUUAUUCAGAGCGGUCUGUGAGCGAGGGGACAGACACACGCACAUACACACCCUGCCCAAAUCACCGCGGCCCGGUCCGAAUCACACCAUAAUCACUGUAAUUUCAUCCAUCACAUCUCCAUGAUGAAAACGACACACCAGCAUUUCAUCAGAAGUCAGAGUGUUUUAAUGGGAAAUAUUGUCUUUAAGGCAUUGCGGAUGAUUGACGCUCCAGUUUCAAAGGCUGUUGAUAGUGAUUUUAUGCACAGCACACAACACCGCUGACCCCAGGACACAAAUUAAUGACAUGAGCCCACAUCAGAGAAUAUGAGUCUUUCUGGAACAGGAAACCUUGUGGCGAGUGAUGCGUGUCUCAAGUACAAUCGCUGAUAACUGCUCAUCAUGAGGUUCUUUAGACAUCAGCUCAUUCUUCUGCAGGUUAAUUCACGGUGUUCUUUAAACUAAAACUACACCCUCGUGUUUACACUCUCAUGUUUGCUUCUACUAUUAACCUCGGAGGUUUUGUAUUGUUUUGUGAACAUAUUGCUCAAGUGGUGUCACAUGUCACUGCUGACAUGGGAACAUGUUUUUGAGCCCAUUAAGAUGCUGGGAGUAUAAAAAGAGUAGUGACCAUCAUGACAUCUCAGACGCCUCGACUCGUACCGGCAGUCUGCUAGACGGAAGGAAGCAAAAUGUUUGUGUUUGCAGUGACAGUUUGUAUUGUGGGAUUGCUCCAUACGAGUGCUGCCUGCAGCCUGUCAGGCAUCUGUACAGACCUGGCUUCUGUCCAGCAGGAGAUUGUGGAUGUUCACAAUGCCUACCGGAGAGCUGUGGAGCCGUCUGCCAGCAACAUGCUGAAAAUGAGCUGGAGCGAUGCCGUGGCACAGUCCGCUCAGGGCUGGAUUGAGCAGUGUAACAUGACACACGGACCGCCAAGCAGCCGCUUGAUUGACGGAUAUGAAAUGGGUGAAAAUCUCUUCAAGGCCUCUAGACUUAAUUCAUGGACUGAUGUGAUAAAUGCCUGGCAUAGCGAAGUCAACAAUUAUGAAUAUCCCAUCGGAUCCAUCAACGGUCAUCCAAUUGGACAUUACACACAGGUGGUGUGGUACAGCUCGUAUGAGAUCGGUUGUGCCGUGGCUCAGUGCGGAAGCUUCUACUUCUUUGGAUGCCAUUACUACCGCGCAGGGAAUUUCAGAGGAGUCCCUCCGUACUCUCUGGGCGCUCCGUGUGCCUCCUGCCCGGACGACUGCCAAGACAAUCUCUGCACUAACCCCUGUCCGUACAUCAACACGUACACCAACUGUGACGCCUUGAUAGAAGAGGCCACUUGUGAAAACUCCAUCGUGAGCGAGGGCUGUCCAGCCAGUUGUCUAUGCGGAGACAAAAUCAUCCCUAUUGCGAGGAAAUGAAGUUUUCUAUGGCUAUAUUACAUGAAGUACAGCCAUAUUUUGAUAGUUAUAGCAUCUCUUUCCUAUAAUGUGAAACAUACAAAUUCUAACUUCUUUCUAUUUCUAUUCUUUCUAUGUGGAAUACCUCAAAUAUGAUUAAAAAUCAAGGGUACUGUACUUUAAUAAUAUGAUGAAAUAGGCCAGUCUGCAUUGUUUUGCAUUAUUACCUCAACUGUUUUCUUUUCAGUAAAGCUUAUGCAAUCACAUAUCAGUAAAGCUAUUUGUGUUUUAUAAGCCUUGUAAACCCAGAAACUGAAAACAAUAGCACAACCUAAGACUGUGAAAACAGGACAAGUGACUUCUGUCAGUCAAACGUUCAGUCACUAUAUGUGUAGUGUAGAUUUGUGCACUUGCUGAAAUGUUCAUGUAAUGUUUUCUGCAACACUGCACUAUUUUAUACAAUCACAUCACUUUAUUAAAAUCAUUAAAAUGAUUUUAGUUCGAGUUAUUAGGGUUCACAGAUCAAUGCAUGUGUGGAUACAAAGAUUUCACUCAGGUUAAAGGGUGUUCCAGUGGUCAAUAAUAGCGUUUACUAACAAAGACCCUUUAAAGGAUUAGUUCGCUUUCAAAUUAAAAUUUCCUGAUAAU